CAAUAAUGAUGAAUCGACCAAUAAACGUCUAGAUAUGAGUCUAACCUCAAGACUUUGAAGAAUAUCAGUGAAUGUCGGGAAGUGAUCAGAAAAAUGAAGAGGUUUCACUACAGAACACCGAAAACACCCAAAUUCAAAAAGAAGAUGAAGACAUACCACCUCCACCAUUGGAUGAUGAUGAGCCAAUGAGUUCAGAAGUCCGACUUCCACACCCUACUGUAAUAUACCGUAGCUCAUGGGGGGCUCAGGCCCCGCGUGGAGAAAUGGAAGAGCUAAAACUACCAAUGGAAGAGGUGUUGAUUACGUUCACUGGAACGGAUGAAUGUCUGACGAAUCACGAAUGUCUAGACGCAGUGGAUCUAAUACAACGGCGAGACAUUCAAGGCAGAGGUCUAGCAGAUAUUCAAUACAAAGGAAUGCUUGAAGAACCGCUGCAGGUGAUAAGGCGGAAGGACUGGGGUGCCAAGAAGUACGUGGUAGGACUUCUACCUGUCAUACCACCAGUACAGUAUGUUGUGGUCCACUUCUACACAGGGAGUAGGGGCUGCUUCAGCCAAAACACCUGCAAGGAUUACGUCAAGAAGCUACAGAGAAGAGCGGUGAAAGAGAGGAAACUCGCAGACAUUCCGUUCAGUUUCUUGAUAUCUCCAAACGAAGAGAUUUACGAAGGGCGAGGAUGGGAUGUCACGUCUGAAAAAACACUGCCUUACACUUUAGAGUGGGGAAACAAGUAUGAUGUAGCAUUUAUUGGAAACUACUUGGUAAAGAAACCAGCCGAUAAAACAGUCAAGACGUUACAGAAACUUAUUUAUCUCGGUGUAAAAAAGAAGUACAUCAAGAAAGAUUAUGAGGUUGUGCAGAUUAGAGACACUCCUUUAAAAUUAGAAAAGAUUUUCGACCCCGAACCUAGUGAAACUGAACCAAGUGAAACUGUAUCCACACAAAUAAUAGAUUUAUAGGAUUUUAUUAGACGUCACAUAAUGUGUAUUUUAUGUUAAAACUGCAAUUUUACCAUUGAUCCCUUAAUGUAUAAGCAAACACUUUGACAAAGUGUAACAUAGCCUUCUGGAAUACAAGUCCGUGGUGUUGGUGUGUGGCAACGUCGCAAAGGCCGGUCUAUUACCAUGGUAAUACAAACGUGUAAACAAAAACAUUGUGCAGAUGAUCUUAUGAGUUAGUGCAACAGCUGUUUAGGUAGGCCUGGGCUGCAACGUUGCCACUUUUGUCUCGCUACGGCCUUGUAUUAGAGGAUGCCAUGAUUUAAUAAAUUUCUUUUUUAUAUAUAGUUCAUGCACAAGAUUGAUCAGGAUAGCAAAAAAUUUUGAGUUCUAGGCUAGCUUUAUUGAAGUCUUUCAGUAUGCUUAAAGUAAAAAAAAAACUUUUUUUAACUAACAAAUAAUUUCACGUAAGGUAAGAACUUAACGCUAAAAGGCUCUUGAUAAUAGACGUGAGUCCAUUAUGUAUUCAUAA